AUGCCUCAACAUAAUGAAGUUGUAGAGAGAAUGAAUUGUAUGAUUAAUGACAUAAUCAGGUGUAUGUUCUGUCAUGCAAAGUUAUCAAAAGCCAUUUGUGCGGAAGCAUUGACAACUGCAAUGGAUUUGAUCGAUCUUUCUCCAUCUGUUCCACUUGAAGGUGAUGUUCCAAACAAAUUGAAUGGAACACUUCCACAUGGUUUUGGUGAUGCUUUUCCUAAUCUUAGGACAUUGAACCUUGCAGAGAAUGAUAUCUUUGGUGGUGUCUCAGAUUUUUCAGGGUUGAAAUCUAUUGUGAGUCUUAACAUAUCAGGAAAUUCAUUUCAGGGUUCUGUUACAGAUGUUUUUGUGUUAAAGUUGGAGGUUUUGGACCUUAGCAGAAACCAAUUUCAAGGUCACAUUUCUCAGGUAAACUACUACAAUUGGUAUCAUUUAGUUUAUCUUGAUUUGUCGGAGAAUCGGCUUAGUGGUGAAAUUUUCCAAAACUUUAAUGGCACACCGAAUUUAAAGCACCUUAACCAGCCUAGGUUUUUAUAUACGGUGGAGUAUGAGGUUGGUGUUGUUUCUGAUUAUGACUUGUCUAAAGCAGAAAACAAGUAA